AAUGCCCGUACUCCUCAGAAUCCCGCGCAAUCGCCUUCGUCAGCAGCAAACCGUCGCCGUCCUGCACCUCAGGACUUUGGAGAACCCAUUCGAAAAAAGUUGCACGCGUCUAGUCGCACUGGGCAAGCAUGCGAUCGUUGCAAGGUGAGUCGAUUCGCAUUGAUUCAUUUUUUAACGGUUCGAAAUCGCGGGCAAAAGGAGAUCUGAGGAUACCCCUGAACCCCUGCGUAUGAGAUCUUGUGCAACAUUACAUAUAUCCGCAAGAUGCGGUGCGACCCGAACACCUCGGGUUGCCAGAACUGCCUAGAUGUAGGAACCCAGUGUCUGACCACAGAUCGGAUUACUGGUCGCGCCUGGAUCCGGGGCAUCGGCGACAAACUGGAAGAGGAGAACCGUAUCCUCAAGUCUCGCAUUGUCCAAUAUGAAACCCGGCUACGGGAUUUGGGGGAGGACGUUCCUCCACUCAUGAUUGACAUUGGUCAUCCUGUACUCGCUGCGCUUCCAAGUCAACCAACAACCACCCUUGGUGCGCCAACCUCGGACUGGUCUUCUAACCCUCAAGGGGAUCCGCUUGCAAGCGGGUCAUACCCACAUCCUAGUUUCGACACCAGCGUUCUCCCGGCGUUGAAGCAAGGCAAAGGGAACAACUACUUUGGUGUCACCUCCUCCUCAACUCUCAGCACCAUCAAGGGGACUUCAUUGUCCUUCUUUAGCAUUGAGGUAGACAUUGCAGACUUUAUCCAAGACGAUCCGGUUGAGCAGUCGUAUGAUUUCUUCCUGAAGGGAGUAUUUGGUCUGGAAAAGCACGAAAAGCCACAGAUGAUAUCCGUUGAGUCAUCACGAAUGUGUGCGGAAGGAUUCUUUCGUGCAGUCAACCCAUUCGCUCCUAUCCUUCAUAAACCGGACUUCAUGAGACUUCUCGAUCGUAUCCACUCGGACGAGAAUGUGGAGCUGAAACCAUCGGAAAUCGUUUCGUAUCAUAUGAUGAUCGCGAGCCUGAAGUUCCAGCAAUCACUUCGAAAUGGAGACAAAAACGACUUGAAGGAAUCUCACGCCCACUAUGCCUAUUCUUUAGGGUUUGUGAGCCAGCUCGUUGGGGCCACAGAGAUCUCCGGCGUGGCAGCCUUAUGUAUGAUCUGCUUCUACCUUCGCAAUCUACCUAAACCCGGGCCUGCCUGGUUAAUGGCGAAUUGGACAUACUCUAUUGCUAUUGAACUGGGUGUUCAUCGAUCUGCGAAAGCUUGGGGCGAGUGCGAGCGCAAACUUGACUCGAAUGAGAUCGAGAUGGGCAAGAGGGUAUGGUGGUCACUCUACGCUCUGCUUGUCGCCCUCAGUGGAAGGUUGGGACGACCGAUGCCGCUCCGUGACGAGGACUUUGACUGCGAGAUCCCUGAGCCGCUGCACGACAAUCUCCCCAACGAAGAUCUUCCAGAAGAUCGAAAAUGCUCAUUCCGCGUUGGCAUUGUCACUUUCAAGAUCGCUUCGCUCAUGGCCAAGGUUUUCACCACCAUUUAUGCAUUGCGUCCGCCAAACUAUAACUACGAGCAGACCGUACUUGCCCUAGAAAUGGAACUAGACCGGAUCAAGAACGAACUUCAUCCAACCCUGCACCCAGACAAGGCUGUCGAGGAAGAUCGUGUCUUCGCUACUUAUUGUCAAUUAUGGGAUGCCGAGACCCGGCUCUUGAUUCGCCAUCCGGCCCGAUGCGCGUCCAUGGAUUCCAAAUACAUUACGAACAACCUUCAAGUUUGCCUCACUACCGCUAAUACUUUGCUGGAUGUCAUAUGGACCAUGCAUGAGUUGAGGAGUUUAGACGUUGUCUGGAUUGCCGUCACCUCCUAUCUUUCGGGAUUGUUCACGGCCUUGUUCGUGUACAGCCAACGGACCGAAGAUAUCCGUAAUGACGAGUACGACCAACUUCGGAGCAACAUGGAACGGUGGUUAUACAUGGUCGGCGAGAUUGGAAAGAUGCUCGAAAAGGUCCACCCCAACAAGACCGAAGGGACAUAUCCCCCCAUGAGAAUCCCCCCCGUCGAAACAUCGGCCGAGAAGCUGCAGAAAACGAUCAAGGGAAUCAUCCAUGGUAUCCUCAAGCAGAUUCACGACCGCUUCAACAACAAGCACCAGCUCGAAGUCAUCGCUCGGGACGCGCAAACACAGGCGCAGGCAGAGGCAGAAGCUGCACGGACAGAUGCCCAACUCCCUACCGAAAACAACUCCGCAACGGGUACUAAAUAUGUCCCCUCAGCGGCACCAUACACCCCUUACCCCGACCCUAGCGUCAGUCUCGGCGUCUCCUCCGCCGGCUACCCCUCCACCACCACCAACUACCCCAUCUCCCCUUACCAAAAUCCCGCCCCACCAGUCGACACCGCUCCUCCCCCACCUCCCAACGGCCCCCCGCAAAUGUCUCUCGCCGAAGCGCUCGGGUCCUAUACCUCCGGGGCGAAUGGCCCACCGAAUAACAUGGGGUCCGCGAUGUGGGACAACUUCACUAACACGGCGUUCGCUCCGAACAUGGGGAACGAGUACCUAUCCUCAGCGAACGCCCUGAUGAACUUGGGGGCGAGGCAGAUGCCGAACGGGACCACGGGGCCCACAGGCCCCACGUGGCCACAGAAUGUGUACCGGCACGACGAGUGAAUUGCAAGCGGCUGUCGCCGGUUGCAAUAGGUCAUAGAGCAGAUCUCUGGCAUGCAGGUGGAUAUGUGUGU